AUGGCGAAUGGGCGACCUGUUAGCAAACAGUGUGCUGUCCUUGAUAAAUGCAGUCACACCUACUACAAUCAGAGGAAAUUCCACGUAACGUCAUACAACUACCCUAACGUGUACGAAAACCGAUUGAAAUGCGUCUAUUUCAUCUCAUACCCCACUGCCUAUACCAUCAGAUUAACAUUCAACGACUUCGAGACAGAACUGAACAAGGACGUUCUCGAGAUUGGAGUCGGGAGCACUGUUGAUUAUACUCUCGCCCUGCAUAGAUUUAUGGGGCGGACCCUUCCCAACCCCUCAGUAUACCUGAUCGAAGCUAACCAGGUGUGGAUGUACUUUGAAACCGAUUUCAACAUUUUGUACCGUGGCUUCAACGUCACUGUAGAAGUGGAUGACGACGAGUGUAUUGAAGACCCAUGUCAACCCGGCUAUCGAUGUAUUGACGAACCAUUCAACUACAUAUGUGUAGAUAUUGAUGAGUGUUCCAGUAACCCCUGUUUGAAUGGAGCCACCUGUAACAACCUCAUCAACAUGUACACAUGUACCUGUGUUCCUGGAUGGACUGGAAUCAAUUGCGAGUUGGACAUCAAUGAAUGUCUGGGUAACCCCUGUUUGAAUGGCGCCACCUGUAACAACCUCAUCAACAUGUACACAUGUACCUGUGUUCCUGGGUGGACUGGAAUCAAUUGCGAGUUGGAUAUCAACGAAUGUCUGGGUAACCCCUGUUUGAAUGGCGCCACCUGUAACAACCUCAUUAACAUGUACACGUGUACCUGUGUUCCUGGAUGGACUGGAAUCAAUUGUGAGUUGGAUAUCAACGAAUGUCUGGGUAACCCCUGUUUAAAUGGCGCCACCUGUAACAACCUCAUCAACAUCUGUGCACCUGGAUGGACUGGCAGCAGAUGUGAUAUAGACAUAAAUGAAUGUUUAAUCAACCCUUGUCUCAAUGGAGCCACGUGUGUGAACCUGCUAAAUGCUUACACAUGUACAUGUAUGCCUGGUUACAAUGGAUUGAAUUGUGAACUUGAAAUUGAUGAAUGUUUGAGCAAUCCCUGUUUUAAUGGUGCUGCCUGCAAUGACCUGAUAAAUAUGUACACAUGUACCUGUAUGCCUGGGUGGACUGGUGUCAGAUGCUUAACUGAUAUCAAUGAAUGUGCCAGUGAGCCUUGUUUCAAUGGAGCAAUAUGCAAUGAUUUGCUCAAUGCAUAUAGCUGUUCAUGCAUAGCUGGCUACAGUGGAUUCAAUUGUGAUAUAGAGAUCAAUGAAUGUUUAAGCAAUCCAUGCUUCAAUGGUGCCACAUGCGAAAACCUGAUUAAUAGUUAUACAUGUACAUGUGCUCCUGGGUGGUCUGGUGUGAGAUGUGAGCUGGAUAUUAAUGAAUGUGCUAAUAAUCCCUGUCAUAAUGGUGCCACAUGCAUCAAUCUGUUGAAUGCAUACAGUUGUACAUGUAUGCCGGGUUACAAUGGAUUUGACUGUGAGCAUGAAAUCAACGAGUGUCUCAGUAACCCCUGCCUAAAUGGUGCUACAUGCAACAAUCUUAUCAACUUGUAUACCUGUACCUGUGUGGCAGGGUGGACAGGCGUACUUUGCAACAUUAAUAUCAAUGAAUGUGCCACAAAUCCGUGUCGGAAUGGCGCUACCUGCCUAGACCUCAUUAACAGUUAUACAUGUACCUGUGUACCUGGAUGGAAUGGUGAUCAGUGUCAAUUUGACAUAAACGAAUGUGUCAGCAGCCCUUGCUUUAAUGGAGCAACUUGCAAUAAUCUCUUGAAUGCCUAUAGUUGUUCAUGCAUCCCUGGUUGGACUGGAUACAACUGUGAUUUAGACAUUGAUGAAUGUUUCAAUAAUCCUUGCUUGAAUGGUGCUACUUGUAACAACCUGCUAAACAUAUAUUCGUGUGAUUGUGCACCGGGUUGGAUUGGUGCUAACUGUGAAGCUGAGAUAAAUGAAUGUGCCAGCAGUCCAUGUUUUAAUGGCGGUGUAUGUGACGAUGAUGUGAACAGUUACACCUGUAGUUGUAUUGAUGGCUGGACUGGGGUCCACUGUGAGAUUGAGAUCAAUGAAUGUUUCAGCAGCCCAUGCUUAAAUGGUGCCACGUGUAAUGACCAAUUGAAUUCAUAUAGCUGUUCCUGUGUUCCUGGUUAUAAUGGUGGAAAUUGUGAAUUCGAGAUUAACGAGUGUUUCAGCAAUCCAUGUUUGAACAGUGCAACCUGUAACAACUUGGUCAACUUCUACACCUGUGACUGUGUCCUGGGAUGGACUGGGAUCAACUGUGAACUUGAUAUUGAUGAAUGUUUUGGAAACCCUUGUCUGAAUGGUGCAGUCUGCAACAAUCUACUGAAUCACUAUACCUGUAUUUGUUCUGCUGGUUACACUGGAGGAAACUGUGAAGUAGAAAUAAAUGAGUGUUCCAGUAAUCCAUGCGACAAUGGGGCAACAUGUAACAACCUGAUUAACAUGUUCACUUGUAUUUGUGCACCUGGCUGGACAGGUGUGACAUGUGGCAUUGACAUUGAUGAGUGCAUAAAUAAUCCUUGCUUGAAUGGUGCAACGUGUCUUAAUUUACUGAAUGCUUACAGCUGUAACUGUGUUUCUGGCUACCAAGGCACAAACUGUGAAACUGAAAUCAAUGAAUACUUCGACUUCUGUGCCACACGUCCCUGUUUGAAUGGUGCCGCAUGUAUAGAUGGAUUGACUCAAUACACAUGCAACUGUCUACCUGGAUAUAGAGGAAUCAAUUGUGAAAUUAAUAUUAACGAAUGUGCCAGCAAUCCAUGUAUGAAUGGUGGUGUAUGUACUGACAGAGUUAAUCAAUAUACUUGUGAGUGUUCCCAAGGCUGGGCUGGACUCAGGUGUGAAACAGACAUCAACGAGUGCGCAACUGCUCCCUGCUUGAAUGGUGGGAUCUGUCGUGAUCUGGUCAACUCUUACCUUUGCGAAUGUAUACCUGGUUGGCUGGGUAUCAACUGUGAGAUCGACUUCGACGAGUGUGUCAGUCAUCCGUGCCUCAAUGGUGCCUUGUGUAAUAACUUGCAGGGUGCGUAUAGUUGUAGCUGUGCUGGCGGAUGGGACGGUGUCAACUGCGAGAAUGAAAUUAACGAAUGUGCGAGUAAUCCAUGUCAGAACGGGGCCGCAUGUGAUGAUCUGAUCAAUGGUUAUUCGUGUGCAUGUGUUCCUGGUUGGUCUGGCGUAAACUGUCAGAUUAAUAUAGACGAAUGUGCCAGUGGACCUUGUCGUAAUAGUGGCACGUGCAAUGAUAAUAUCAACUCUUACACCUGUACUUGUGUACCUGGGUGGACUGGUCGCAUAUGUGAUGUAGACUAUGAUGAGUGUUUGAUGUCUUCUUGCUUGAAUGGUGGUACAUGCUUGAAUCUCUUCAACGCAUACCAGUGUAUUUGCCCUCCAGGUUGGGGAGGAAUCAACUGCGAGAUUUCCACUGAUGAAUGUAGAAGUCAGCCAUGUUUAAAUGGUGGUACAUGUAUCGACUUGGACAACGCCUACAGAUGUGACUGUUCUCCUGGGUACAGUGGGGCCAACUGCCAAAUAGACGUUGACGAAUGUUCUGCAAUGCCGUGUUUAAACGGGGGUGUAUGUAUAGAUCAGGUCAACAGUUUCACGUGUCAGUGUCCUGCUGGGUGGCUAGGGCAAAAUUGCGAAAUUGACCUCAACGAAUGUUCAAGCGAUCCUUGCAGAAAUGGCGCCACUUGUCUCGAUCUUCCCAACUCGUACAGCUGUGUGUGCGUCCUCGGCUGGACUGGAACGAACUGCGAUAUAGAUAUAGACGAGUGUUCCAGACUCCCUUGUCAGAAUGGCGCAACGUGUUAUAAUACCAUUCCACCAAGCUUAUAUCUAUGCACAUGUACAUACCAAUAUACUGGCAGAAACUGCGAGUUUGAAAUCGACAUGUGUGAAUCUAAUGACUGCAUAAAUGGUGCUACUUGUAUCAACCACUAUACCCAUUAUACAUGUGAAUGUGCCCCAGGAUGGACAGGUGCUGCUUGUGCUGAAGACAUUAACGAGUGUGACAGUAAUCCAUGCUUGAAUGGAGGUACGUGCAUGAACGAUAAUAACAAGUAUAUAUGUUACUGUACUAGAGAAUUCACCGGCACUAACUGUGACACAGAGAUUAAUCCAUGUUUCAGUUAUCCAUGUGCUAACGGUGGGCAGUGUAACAACUUCGUCGACUACUAUACUUGUAGCUGUCCACAAGCUUGGAGUGGACCCACGUGUAAUCAAGCUGUCGACGCCUGUGAAAACAAUCCUUGCUUGAAUGGCGCCCUCUGUGUCAACCAGUAUACCCACUAUACAUGUCAGUGUCUCAUUGGAUGGGGUGGCAUUAAUUGCGAAACUGAACUGAACCCAUGUCUAAGUACUCCCUGUCUGAACGGUGGACUGUGUUCCAAUUUCUACAUUUCAUAUACAUGUAACUGUCAGCAAGGGUGGAGCGGAGCAAACUGUGAAACUGAACUGAACCCAUGCUUCAGCGCACCAUGUUUAAACAACGGAGCAUGUAUUAACCAAUUCACAUAUUACACGUGUAGCUGUGCUGUAGGAUACACCGGGCCGAAUUGCGAUAGAGAAAUAGACCUGUGCGUGAAUAACCCAUGCCUGAACGGUGGUGUCUGUCAGAACUUCAUGUCCGACUACAAGUGCACAUGCGCGGAAGGAUACACGGGUCCGAACUGUGCUGUCGUCAUCAAUCUAUGUGACCCAAAUCCAUGCUUGAAUGGUGGCGUAUGUACAAACUUCGCUACGCGCUACGCAUGCGCAUGUCAGGGUGGUUGGACAGGGAAUACGUGCAGUAUCGAAAUAAAUCUGUGUACCAUCUACCCAUGUAAAAAUGGUGCCACCUGUAUCAAUCAUCGCACAUACUACACAUGCGAAUGCCCCGAUUCCUGGACUGGACCCACGUGUGAAAUCAGAGUGGAUGCAUGUGACACCAGUCCGUGUCAAAAUGGAGGGACCUGUAUAAAUUACUACACCCAUUACCAGUGUCAAUGCCCGCAUGGAUGGUCCGGUCUGAACUGUGACAACGAGAUGAAUCCUUGUAGAAGCAACCCGUGCUUCAACGGCGGUACGUGUAAUAACCUAGGCACAUCGUUUACGUGUUCCUGUACCAGAGGAUGGACUGGCCAUACGUGUUCGCUUGCGAUCGAUGCCUGCCUCGGCAAUCCUUGUCGAAAUGGAGGAUCCUGCAGCAACCACAUUGACUUCUAUACUUGCAGCUGUACCCACGAGUGGACUGGAACCAACUGUGAUACAGUGGUUGAUCUCUGCUUAAGUGGUCCAUGCCGUAACGGUGCAACGUGUACGAAUCUGUAUACAGAUUAUAUAUGUACGUGUCAGAUUGGGUAUACUGGAGCAAUAUGUGAUAAAGUUGUCAACUUAUGCGAACAUAAUCCUUGUUGGAACGGUGGUGUGUGUUUAAAUAACAACGGCAUUUCAUACACGUGUCAGUGUCCUCAAGGGUGGAUAGGCAACAACUGUCAGAUUGGAAUCGACGCCUGUGCCAGCAGUCCAUGUUUGAACGGUGCUGUGUGUUCCAACCAACAAUCGCAUUACACAUGUCAGUGUCCUCCGGGGUAUAUGGGAUACAAUUGUCAAACUUGUAAGUAA